AUGAGAUGGACACCACCAGAAGCAAGUCACUUCAAAACAAACUUUGAUGGAACUUUCCUCACAGAAAAUGGAGCGGCAGGCAUCGGAGUGGUGAUACGGAACAACACGGGUCAAGUAAAAGCUGCGCUCUCUGAAAAGAUCCAUGCUCCUGCCUUGGUUACAGUGUUGGAGAUGCUUGCUGCUAGGAGAGUAGUUGCCUUCACAAGAGAGAUGGGGAUAGAAAGCUGCAUCCUGGAGGAGGACUCUCAGAUAGUAAUAAAAGCACUGCAAGAUAGAGACAAGACUUUCUCAAAGUUUGGUCACAUACUACAGGACACACUGUCCCAUUUAAAUUCUUUUAAGAAUUGGUCGCUCUCUCAUACCCUAAGACAAGGCAAUGCGGUAGCAGAUGCUUUAGCUAGGAGAGCAAAAUUUUCUUAUCCAUUUACCAUUUGGUUGGAGUCUGUUCCACCAGAUUUAACAGUUUUUGUAAACGCUGAUUCACUUGCAGUUUAA